CAGUGAUCAUCAAAACAAAAAUGGCUGAAAAAAAUUGAAGUAGGCUUUAGCCUUUCAAAACCAAGAGUAUCCAUUGUUGUUUAGUGACAUAAGAAAACUGGUUGUUUUCGUAAUUGAUUUAAAGGGAUUAAUGAUGGUGGUAUAGCAUUUCGAGGGCCUUUUUCGUGUUUUGGAAGUCGUAAAGCUGCAAAAUCGGCUGGCAUUUGCUAGCCCAGCAGACGGGCUGAACAGCCAUUUAACUUAUCAAGGGAUAGGCAUAGGGCCUAGCCUAGCCUAGGCUUCGUGUCUUGGAUGGAGUAAAGUUUUCAACCAGCUGAAGAAAAUGUCUGGAAAUGGUGGUAAAUGGACUUGUGAAUAUUGUACCUACAUGAACUGGCUUAGUUCUAUGCAUUGUACCUUGUGCCAUGCACUUCGACCAGUCCAGUGGAUUACACCCACAACUCAAGCAUCUUUGGUUUCUAUGUCUCAACAAGAGACGAGCAGCCUACCUCGUUCACUCGCUCAGUGGCCUUGCAGGGCUUGCACAUUUCUUAACCGGCCACAUUUGACAAAAUGCACAACAUGUUACACGCCCAGAGGCUCACUAGCUUCUGUUGUCGACAAAAACAAUCGUGCCAUUUCCAGAUCUACCAUCAACAGGGUCACGGAAACAUGCCAACCCUCAAAUAAUGAACGAAACAGAGCAAGUAGUCUGGCCACCAAGAAGUGGUCUUGCCAUGCAUGCACAUAUGAAAACUGGCCUAAGGCAAAAAUGUGCAUUCUGUGUCACCAUCCUCGCCCGAGGUUACCUGUCGAGACCAAAGUCAGUGCCCUUUCUGUUUCACGUGGUUCUCCACCAGAUUCCCCUCCGAGAAGCCCUGAUGGCAAUAUAGAGUUCCAACAAGUGGGGGCAGCAGCCGCAGCACCUCCGCCUAUGAGUAAUAUUGAACACGAAAAACGGGUCAAGCAAAUUCGUAGACGUUUGCGCAAGUCUGACUGGUUGUUCUUAAAUGCGUGUGUUGGUGUUGUAGACGGUGACACACAGCCAGUUGAAGCCUACCUCAGCUCAGGCGGGGAUCCUACCCGCCAGCUCACUCAUGAUGAAACUCUGUUUUUGAAUAGGCCUAGUGCAUUUGAUGCUGGCCUAACGUUAGUUCACCUUGCCAUACGAUUUCAAAGGGAAGAUCUUUUAGCUGUACUUCUUACAACAGAUGUUUCGAGUCAUGUUGUCAAACGCCCACCAUCUCAAGUGUGCCCAGAUUUAGCAGCUUGUAUACGCAAAGAAAUUGCUUCAAAUUUGCGGCAACGAAAAGGGGAUUUCCCUUGCUACUUUGCAACAGACAUUGUAACAUUCACCCUCCCUGGAGAAAUUGAAGAAUUGCCAGUUUCAACUAGGAAUCAGUUAAUGGAUGAACUUCUUGAUGGUGAUGUACAAAAAGAGUUGGAACAAGAGUCAACAAUCAUAAAUUGGAGUCUGGAAAUCACAGAUAGAUUAGGGAGUCGUCUGUAUGCUCUCUGGAACCGUACUGCUGGUGAUUGUCUGUUAGACUCAGCUCUGCAGGCAACAUGGGGAGUGUUCGAUGCUGACUGCGUCUUGCGGAGAGCACUAGGAGAGAGUUUGCGAGACUGUUCAAUGAAGUUUUAUGCCCGUUGGAAGGAGUAUGAGUCGAUGCAGGUAGAGAGCAUGCACUUUUCCCUUGACGAGGAUCAAUGGUUACAUGAUUGGGCUUUGAUGCUGAGCCGCGCCGGUCAACCUGGGGCGGCAUUAGAACAGACCCACAUCUUCGUUCUUGCUCACAUCUUGCGUAGGCCGAUUAUUGUUUAUGGUGUAAAAUUCAUUAAGAGCUUCCGAGGUGAAAAUUUAGGUUUUGCAAGAUUUCAAGGUGUAUACCUACCUCUGCUAUGGGAGCCUAGUUUCUGCUCGAAGAACCCUAUAGCACUUGCUUACACACGUGGACAUUUCUCAGCCCUUGUUGCAAUGGAAAUAGAGAAUGACGAUAACAUAGGUGCUGGAGCUAACAUUGAUGCUGAUGAUGAUGCAUGGACAGUCUGUCUACCGUUGACUGAUAGUGAAGGCAAAAUUCUACCUGUUCACUUCAUAUCAUCUCUGCAAGUUGGAACAGAAGAGAAACUUCUUCGUGAUUGGCUUGAUUGUCGUAUGACCUGCGGUGGAAGCCUUGUUGCGCAACAGACCCAACCACGCCGUCUCCCUGUCAUCAUUGGCCAAAUGAUUGAGGAAUGGUUACAGAAGUACCGGCAUGCUAGCCCACACUGUAACUGACAACCGAUCAACCAAGUACUUUUGUGGCGAUCAAACAUAAACACAGGCAAAAGACAACAUUUUGUAAUAGUACUGUAAGGGGCUGGUUGUACUGAUUAGAGAAUUUUCAAAUUAAUAAUGCUUUCAAGAGGAAAAAAGAAGCUACACUAUAAGUUUUAUAAAAAAAAAAUAUAGAUAAUAUGUAGCAAAAUUUUGAAGUUCGACUUUGUAUAUUACCCCUUUCAUCCUACCAAGUUCAAAAAUAUAUUCUUUCACAUUUCACACACACAGAUUUUUAAGAUUGAAAUGUUUGCACUAUAUAACACCUGUAUUCGAGCUCGAAGUAGGAUUUAGAAAUGUUGUCAUUUAAUAUUCAUAAAACUUUUUUAUAGGAAAAUGUGCAUCCUCACUGAAUUGCUAAAAAAAAAAAUGUCAAAAUUUUGCAUGCAUUUCUAAUAUCGCUGACAAAAUAUUUUAAAUAAGCAAACAACAUAUUUGGGGCUUGCCAUGCCGAAACUGGCAUCAGCGACAAAAACAUGAAAAUUGGCUUUUUAAUAUAUUCAUAUUAAGCUUUAAAAUUAUGGGCUAUUUACUGCAAUCUAUGUACUAUUGCCGAAGUUAAGAGUAAAAGUAUUACGGCUUCUCUGAACUAAAGUAUAUAAUAUAUUGCCACAGUUUUAUGCUAAUUACUCCUAGUUUAACAAUUAGUGACAGUACGCUUGUUGUGGAUGGCAAGCCUCAUUUGUUUACCUCAAUCUUUAGAGUACAAACGCUAGCAUUGUGUGCUUUUAAUCACCUGAGAGACAACCAACUCAACAUAUAUUUCAACAAAAUUCAACAAGGAUGGUAUAUUUUAAUACCAAAUUUAAUCUGAGCAAUUAAAUCUCACAAAGCUAAUGUUUGUAGACAGCAGUCCAUUAGUAAUUCGACAGUGGAAAGUUAAUUUUUUUUGGUGAGAAUUGGUGUGGACUUUAUCAACUAAUGUUAACUGUUUGCUUACAGCCCGUUUUAUAUCACAUGGACGUACGGUUUUUACAGUACAUUAGUCCAGUGUUCCAGUCUUAGAAGAACUCAUUGAAUAUUUGAAGAAUGAAGUAUCACCUCAUAACAACUGGUUUUUUGCUGAUCAUCAUUAUAAUUGUCGCACAUUAAAUGCAAAGUCUCAUGCAAGGUCAUUGGAAAUCUAAGAAUAAUUUUUUUAAUUCGAUGUUCCAAUCCUCAUAUAUUAUUAUUCUACAAAGGAGGCCAUAUUUUUUGCUAGGGUGUAAUCCCAGAACCCUUAAGUCAUAGCUUCACCCUUGCGGUGUGUCUGGAGCAAUUUAUUCAAGUGUGCAAUCAAUUAACCUAUAAAUUCUAUCCCAUUAAUCAUGGUUUGCAUUUAAGGAUAAAGUUUUUUUGUACUUCUAGCUGAUAAUUAAUGAGUUCAUGCCCACUUGAACACACAAUUAGGAGUUAGGCUAACCUGCAUCGCUGUGGUAUUUAAAAAAUUGAAAAUAUGAUUUAAAUGUAACGGUGAAGUGAAAUAGCAGUGUGUUUAAGUAAAAAUAUUUAGUGUGUGUCUCCACAAAAUGCUGCUAAUCAUGUAAACAUCCAGAUUUUUAAAUCUUUUAAUUGGCUGUUGUGGGUUGUGAUAGUCCCACAGAGUAAUACCUUGCUAUUACCAACUAUUAUAGACACUAAUAAUUAUUUUGAACUCAACACAUUUAUGUUUUGAAAAUGUGCACCAAAAUCAUUGAACAGGUAAUUAAAUGAAGCUUUAUUUUUCAACUAUAUCUCAAUCAGUUUUUGGUGACGCUUAUAUAAUCAGAACUAAACAACAUUACUCAUUACUGUCGCUUCAUAUUGGUAUUAUAUGGUUCUUGUGCUUUGAUUUGGUACUCACAAACACAAGCCUUUAUAUCUUUUCCAAAAGCAUUUUUGAUGUCCGCAGUAUAUUAAUCGGACUGUUUUCAUUCGCAUAUGUAUUAUUUUUUAUUCACAUUAUUAUUAGGCCUAUUAUUAUUAAAUUUUUUUAUUACUUUUAUUUUUAAAUAUUAUUAUUAAUACUUUUAUCAUUUUAUUACGAAUAAUAUUGUUAUUAUUAUAGCUAUUGUUAUUCUUGCACAAUGAAUGCAGUGAUUGCAUAAUGCGUGAAUGCAUAAUUGAAUGCUUAUAGUGUGGUGAAUGCAUAUUGCGUCAUAAAUGCACAUUACUAAAAUUAAAAUUGUGUACAGUGAAUGCAUUAUUGAGCCACAAAUUCAUAUUGUGCCAAUAAAUUACGCGGUAAAUGCCUAUUGCACCAUAAAUACAUAGACACCGUGAAUACAUAUUGUGCCAUGAUUCCAAGUGUUAGUGGUUAUGUUGCAUAGUUUUGUAUUUUUAAUCAAAUUAUUUGUUUCUUUUGGAUAAUUAUCUGAUAAGAGUGGAAGCCAGUAAUUCGUAUUGAGAUGCUGUGUGAUUGAAUGCUGACUUUUGUCCGUAUUUUCAAAAUGUCGUGUUUUGUAGAGAUUGUUUUUUAUGUGUAGCGAUAAAAACCAAUAUUUGUGUCAAUGGGCUUAUAAAUGAAGAUUUCUAUCAAAAUGUUUAUGACUUAUAAAUAUAUGAAUAUUUUAAGACCCAUUUACUAGUAGUAUUUUUUACAAGAUGAGAGCGAUAAUUUUGCAUGUAUAAUGUACGUAUAUGAGAGGAGAGAGGUUUAAUUUGGGUGCAUACUAUAUCAUCACAGUAUGCAUCAUUGCAUAUACUGUAUACUUUGAAAUAAUGGUUCAAAGUCAAGCGUUUAUUAAUCCUUCAGUGGAAGGGAACUAUGAGCUCGCAUUAAAAUUUAAAAAAGUAAUACAGAUACAACUCAAUAAAAAA